UAGUAAACUUGGACCCGAAAAUGCACAGGUUUGUUUUGUGUUCGUGGAAGAAAUGUCCUUAGAGAACGUUGCUACCUCCUGUGGUGUGUUAAGAGAAUAUCCAGGCACUGGCCAGUUGGCCGAGGAUGUGACUGGGAGCUUGCCGUCAUUUUUAGCCCAUUGGUUUACCAGACGGAAAGGUGACUGCUGCUGUGCAGGACAGUGGGAAAACAGCAUUGCUUGUGUUUCAUUACUUUGGCUAGGUGAUGCUCUGAGAACCCCGCAAAGCUGCCACUCACUCCUUCCUAAGUGGCUGGCGUGGCAGUGAGGAGGUGGCCGACCACCUCCCCGCAGUUCCCCGACCGCCCGCCAGAGGGGGAUGGCAGGCGCCAGAGGGGGAUGGCAGGCGCCGAGAUCCAGCCUCCGGUGGGCGGGGCGGGGGGCGGCUUCGAAUCCUGUGCCGCGGCAGCCACGUCAGUGCGUCGCCGGGCCAGUCAGUGCGGCCGGAUGGAGCAGAUGAGGAAGGCAGCGGCGGCCUUCGGGGCCGAACUGGGGGUGCGGAUGGUGCUGUUCGCGGUCUUCCAGGUAACGGAUUUUCUGCCCCCCUUCCAGAGGGUUAUCCAACCGGAGGAGAUGUGGCUUUACCGGAAUCCGUAUGUGGAAGCCGAGUAUUUCCCCACCAAGCCGAUGUUUGCCAUCGCAUUUCUCUCCCCACUGACUUUGAUCCUCCUGGCCAAAUGUCUCAAGAAGGCAGACACAACAGACAGCAAACAAGCUUGCCUGGCUGUCAGCCUUGCCCUGGUUCUGAAUGGUGUCUUUACCAACACAAUAAAACUGAUAGUGGGGAGGCCACGCCCAGACUUCUUCUACCGUUGCUUCCCUGAUGGGCAAGCCCAUUCUGACUUGACAUGCACAGGAGAUGAGGACGUGGUGAAUGAGGGCCUUGCAUUUGCUGGUCUGGCCUUUGCUUCCUUCUACCUGGCAGGGAAGUUACACUGCUUCACACCACAAGGUCGUGGGAAAUCUUGGAGGUUCUGUGCCUUUCUAUCACCUCUGUUUUUUGCAACUGUGAUUGCACUGUCCCGGACCUGUGACUAUAAGCAUCACUGGCAAGAUGUACUAGUUGGAUCCAUGAUUGGCCUGACAUUUGCCUAUGUCUGCUACAGGCAGUAUUAUCCUCCUCUGACUGAUGCAGAAUGCCAUAAACCAUUUCACAACAGAGUUGUACUUCCCAACGCACAAAAGAUUUCUAAUGAUCCUUAUCAUUUCGACGUUUAGAAAUUGGAACUACCUCUAUAGAGAAUAGUAGGUGAAUCACCCCUCCUAUCUGGACCAUGGUAAGAUAAGAAUGUCUUACCUUUUGACCUCUAAAGAGGUACAGUGAGGACGUCAGCACUUCAUUUUUGCUUCCAAAUGAUUAUGCAGUUUUGCCCCUGGUCACAUGAAUUUAGCAUGAGGAGUCAAAGAUCUUUUUUACUAUGGUAUACCACACAUUCUGAAAAAGAGAUCUUUCAGUAGUCCUCCAAUAGCUUAUGAAUCUGGUCCAUCAGAUCGGUAUCCCAAGAUCUACAGUAUUUUUAGAUUUAAUUUAAAUGCCGUUCUUGCAAGGAUCUUGUCACAAAGAAGCCUUUAUAUAGUCCCACUUUAUCCUAGGAGCUAAGUUAAUUAUCAAAGCUUCAUUUUCCAUACCUCAAAACCUUAAAAUUUAGGGGCGUGACUAAAUUAUUUUGGUUUGGUUUACUUUUUCUGGUGACAAUUCCAUAAAGCCUUAAAGAGGAAGGUGUCUGUUUCUGGCUUGUUUACCAUUAUUAUGCAUAUCUUAUCCAAGUCCCCCCAGAUAAUACUGUGGGCAUAAAUAAUCUGUCAAAUUACUAAGUAAAACAGAACAUGGUUAGGAGUAUGGUUUCAGUGCUAACAACUGAUGACUGUUACUACCUCAUUAGUCCUUAACUGAGCUCAGGAGUUUCUCUCCCUCCCUUCAUGACUGAAGAUCUGCCCAAAUGCAUCGACUCUGCCAAGUAGGUAAGGCAAGAAAGAAAAAUGACAGAUAUCAUUCUAUGGAAGACAAAUGUUCUUCUGUCCCUUCUUCACACAAUGAGCUAUAAGGAACAAUUACAGGAUACCAUCAGAAAUUGAUGCUAUAGUGUCUGCAACUACCUUUCUCUUUAUUGAGAUUAUAUGUUAAAUAUGACCUUGUCUUAUGUAUUUCUUCCUAUAAAUUUUCAGUAUAUUUCUUUUCUCUAGUAAAUGUGAUAUUCAAACAAAAUGGUGAAUGUGCUUUUUUAAAUACGUAAGUACCACUUGAGAGCUGGAACAUUUUCACAGUAAAACAGUUGGUUUCCUCAUCUGACAGAAGUGAUUCAACUACAAUAGUGGCAGUCGCAGUAUCUACCUUAUAACUGCUGUGCUUUAAAUUUUUUUUAAAUUCUGAACUACAUCUGCCUAUAACAAUGAAAACACCAGUAAAGGGACUUAAAUGUUAGUUUUUGCCUGCAACUUUUAUUUUUUAA